CACUUCUCUCUCCUCUCUCUCUCUCUCUCUCUCUCCUCUCUCACACACACAGCACACGCAGCUCCACAGUCUACAAUGGCGAAUACUUCCACCACGACGAAGACGACAAUUUCGUCAAAGGGGAAGUGGAGCAGACUAUCAAAAUACGCUUCUCGAAUAUACUUUCUCCUUAUCGUUCUUCAGGUUCCCCUUUUCAGGGUUCAGUGUAGAUCUGGAACAUGCACAACCCCUCUUCAGGUCACAUCUUCACAAUUGAUUUCGAGCAAUAUAUUUCCUCUGCCAGUGGUGAAAGGACUUCUUUACCCUGGAGCAGUUAUAAAUGGCCUCGUCGCUAACAUGACUGCGCCGAAGUGGAACGAUCUGCUAAGCAUCUACAACUUGACCGACAUAAAGGAAGCUUCUGCAGUAACUGACCUACAACGCUUAGAGGUUCUUGCUGGAAGUUACUUCUGUGUGGCUGGUUCGUUGAUUGGUAUAUUAAAACCAGGGAGAAUGAGUAUGUUUGGAACUCUUUUAGUUAUAUGGGGUCUUGUGAAGGAGGGUAUUCUUGGAAAGCCAGUAAACACCGAUCCAGAAAAUGCUGUGUUCGUCUACCCUACGAUGUUGUUAGCCUUGGUUUGCGCUUUGUUCUCGGUGAAAUACGAUCUUAAUAAGGUUGCGAGAAGCGCCCCAGCUCAGCCCAUUGCAAGGCCUCUCAAAAGCUCUUCAAAAUCCAAGCUGAGAUGAUUUUUUAAAUGUGGCCACAUUUUCACUGAAAUGUAAUGCAAAUUCACAUUAUUUUUCUUAUUUCAAGUGCGGAAUUUUGUGUUGUCGCUGACUUAUUUUAGUGCUUUUGAAAUCAUGUUUGCGGACGAAAGAAGUUUGUGAAAUACAGAGAAUGUGAUGUUACAUGGCGAAAUAUACACCGGGUAAUUCUUCACAUCUGAUUUCCACAUAAUCACACUCUUAUACACAUGUGAAUGUGUGCAAAAUACGUUCGAAUAUAUACACAUGAAUUGUAGGAUGUUACCUAUUGAAGUUUAUCGAGUAUGGCGUAGAAUAAACCAUGAUUGAUCGAGACCACAAGUUUAUAAUUGGGUGUUCUGACUUCUGUAUGACUUUUAUCAUUGGUAUUUGGUAGUCUUUCAGAUGAUA